AUAGAUCAUAGAGAGAGAGAGAGAGAGAGAGAGAGAGCGGCUUCGGACUUGGGACUUAGGAGCAGCGAGGGAGGGUCGGCAGCCGGCGUAGUUCACCUGACAAGAUGGCGCGAGGAUUGAAGAAGCAUCUGAAGAGGCUCAAUGCCCCGAAGCAUUGGAUGCUUGACAAACUUGGUGGUGCAUUUGCUCCCAAGCCUUCGUCUGGACCUCACAAAUCCAGGGAAUGCCUGCCAUUGGUCAUCAUCUUAAGAAACCGAUUGAAAUAUGCUCUAACAUACCGUGAGGUCAUUUCCAUUUUGAUGCAACGACAUGUUCUGGUUGAUGGGAAAGUUAGGACUGAUAAGACCUAUCCUUCUGGUUUUAUGGAUGUUGUUUCAAUCCCCAAAACAAACGAGAACUUCCGUCUCCUCUAUGACACCAAGGGUCGGUUCCGUCUCCAUUCAAUCAGGGAUGAAGAGGCAAAGUUCAAGCUUUGCAAGGUCCGGUCUGUGCAGUUUGGACAAAAAGGUAUCCCAUAUAUUAACACCUAUGAUGGGAGAACAAUCCGUUACCCAGACCCUCUCAUCAAGGCUAAUGACACCAUUAAGCUGGACUUGGAGACCAACAAGAUCACUGACUUCAUCAAGUUCGAUGUUGGUAAUGUCGUCAUGGUGACUGGUGGAAGGAAUAGAGGCCGUGUUGGAGUAAUCAAGAACAGGGAGAAGCAUAAGGGAAGCUUUGAGACAAUCCAUGUCCAGGAUGCCAGUGGACAUGAAUUCGCCACUCGGUUGGGCAAUGUGUUCACAAUAGGCAAGGGGACCAAGCCGUGGGUAAGCCUUCCCAAGGGUAAGGGUAUUAAGCUCACCAUUAUUGAAGAGGCCAAGAAGAGGCAAGCAGCCCAAGCCACAGCCACAGCUUAAAUGGUCGUGGGUGAAAAACAAUCUUUGAACUUAUUUUGGCGAUGUUCACUUUUAUUCUUGUAGUCUUUACCAAUUGGAAUUUAUGAUGCAAAUUUUGUCUUGUUUAUUUUGUCUAUCGUUUCACAUCUUGAUACAAAUAAUUUAGUUGUUUCAACCCGGACUUUAAAUUCAUGUUACUUUUAAAGUAAACUUUUACUUGGCCA